AGAAAUGGAAUUAAACGGCUUAGCGUAUAAUUGAAAAUGUAAUCAUUCAUCAAUUUUGCCUGAUUGCAUCUCUUACCUGCAAUUUGCAGAAGCAGAAGAGUUGUUCUUAAUUUUCGGGAAGGUAGAAAACUUUAUAUUUGAACUCAAGAAUGAAUUCGUCGACAAGCUUGUUGAAGUUGCCCCCUAACGACACAUGUGAUUUCGAUGGACUCGAAUAUCCUGACAACCCGAACAACGUGCUGUUUCGAUUGGCCGAGUCCGGAUGGUAUCUUUUUCUUGCAGUGUCCAUUUUCUGGAGCUCAGCUUUCGUCAUCCUCGUCGUGGUCAGGACUCCGCAGCUUCAUUAUCCUCCCGGAUACCUGAUGGUCUGCAUGUCCAUGUGUGACGUGUUCAUGUCCUUUCUCAUUGGAUCUGCAGUGGUACCGGCAUUUGAUCAUGGCUUCCAAUAUCCAACAUUUGUAUGUCACGGACAGGCCAUACUGCUAGCAUUCUUCCAGAAUGUGAAUGCAAUGUGUCUGAUGGUAUCUGCCAUUGACCAAUUUGUGUCCAUCUAUUGGCCACUGAAGUACCACCAGUUUGUCUCCACCGAGAAACUCAUUGGGACUUUUGCAGCCAUUGGGUUCCUGGGAACUCUCAUCCCAGUGUACUGGGCCAUCACGGAUGAAUCAUGGUUUGAUGACUACCUGUACAUCUGCUUCCUGAUCUCGAACAACUUCUAUUUGACAAAUAUACAGAUGCUGCUCAUGUUUGUCACCCCAGGUAUGGUAGUGCUGGGCUGCUAUCUGAUGAUACUGGCCAGUGUGUGGAAGGAGAAGGCGAUGGUAAUGAAGGAGCAGAGACAGGCUGGAGCUGGGAGGAGGGCAAGCAUGGCGGCCCAAGGAGGCAUGCAGAUAGUGGCACAGCUGAAUGCGUGCAAAAUGCUGUUCCUAGUCACUGUCGUCUUCUUCCUCUCAUUCAUUCCCUACAUGACUGUGGACAGGUACAUAGUGUGGACUUGUGAGUCUCCGGCACUGUGGAUGUUCAAGAUGACCGGCUACUUCAUCUUCACCCAGAGUCUCCUCAACUUCUUCCUCUUCUACAAGAUGAAUGUCGGCUUCAAGAAGGGCGCCCACAAGUACUUCGAGACGCUGCCUCUGUUCGACAGGUUGACGGAGGUUAGACGUGAAAACAUCCCCCUGGACGUCAACGGACCAAACACUGGCUACAGAGCCAGCUUUAUGAACAACUCACCCCGACCCAGUAACACCCAAAUCCCAAUUGUUGUCGAAGAUGAAAAGAACCCGGGAGGGGGAGGGAAGGGGGUCGCAGCUACAAGCAGCUUCGGAAACCAGCUCACGCUGGAAUUGGCUGUCGUUGCACCGCAAAAUCAGCCAUCUAUGCAGUCUAUAGCUUCUAAACUUUGUGUGGGUCGAUCUCUGGAGCCGCUCAGCGAAUCAGUGAUGGUAAAUGCCACAGAAAACUUAGCUGUAAAUUCAGACCGACAGGAAGUCAUUAAAACACACGAUCUUCAUGUGGAAGGCGUGGCAAUUUCUUCGGACAACAGAAGUCCAGCAGAUUUUCCGGCAUCUGAGAACAUAUCAACAACUGACCAAUCAGAAGGAAGGGCCGAUGCACAUGAAGAGCUGAAAGUUCCGUUAGCGGACAAGGACAUGAACGCAUUUGACUCAGUCGAAUCUAUCACUCCAUCGGAAAGCGAGUCAGAUAAUACGGAGAGUCAAGAUGAUGGUCAAGACUCAUCAGUAAAAACUCCAAAGCUGAAUAAAAAGAGACGCGCCAAUGCUAAUAGAGUUCCGAAACCACCGAAAAUUGUAAAGUACGGCUGUAGAAAAUCUGUAUCUAUCAAAUUAGACAAGGCAAAUCUGUCGCAAAAACACAUCGACUGGGUUGAACCCAUUUUCAAAGAGUAUCUAACGAUAGCAGAUGAAAGUGCGAGUCAAGAUUUUAUAUCCGAUGGACCUACGCCGAAAAAGAGAAAAGCGCACAAAGAUCCCUACGUCGUGGAUAAAAUUCUGGCUAUGAUCAUGGAUCCGGCAGGCGAUGACUUGUUCUACAUUCGCUGGUUCGGUUAUAGUGAUAGAACUUGGGAACCGUUUGCGAAUCUGGACAACUGUCCAGGAAAGCUGGCCGAAUUUAGAAGAGAGUUGAAACAGUUAAGCAAGUAUGAGGAGCAACGUAGUUUAUGCCGAGAAAAGACGAAAGAAUUUUUGGAUAAAAUUAAUGAACCGUGGCCAAAUCAUGACUCAGGAAUCGAAGUCAGAAAUGACGUGGAUCUUACAUGGCCUAUGAUGACGUUUAAUUAUAUAAUUAACCUUAAGAUGCCUGCUGAUAAAGAAAACGUGACCAUAAGUUGCGAAUGUGUCGAUGGAAUCUGUGAUGAAAAAUGUGCCUGUGCUACCCAAGAGGGAUUCAAGAUGCCUUACAAUCAGGACGGUAUUCUGAUCAAUCGUAGCCAAAACUACCCCGUUUAUGAGUGCAACGAUAACUGUCCCUGUGACCCGGAGAAGUGCCAGUUUAGAGUGGUCCAGAAAGGUAGAAAAGUCAAGAUGCAGAUCUUCAAGACAUCAAAUGGACGUGGAUGGGGCGUGAAGGCUCUUGAGCAUAUCAAGAAGAAUCAGUUUGUAGUCGAGUACAUAGGCGAAGUUGUAUCCUAUCAAGAGGCCAAUGAGAGAGGCAAGCAGUACGAUGCUAGAGGGAGGACAUACCUGUUUGACAUGGAUCUGUUCGAAAUUGAAGGUCAAGAUGAAAGCCAGAAGUUCACGAUUGACGCAAAGCCAUAUGGAAAUGAAGCUAGAUUUAUCAACCACGCUUGUCACCCAAAUUUGUUCACUCGUGCAGUUUGGUGGGAGAGCGCAGACCCCUCAAUUCACCACUUGGCCCUAUUCGCCAAAAGAGACAUCAAAAUAGGGGAUGAGCUCAGCUUCAGCUACAACAACUCAUCACUCUCUAAAGAAUCAGAUGAGGUCAAACGGGAGAAAAACGAAGGUCAAGUCAAGUGCCAGUGCAGAAAGAACUGCCCUAACAAACUCUUCAAAUGAAAUCAGCUCAAAGUUUAAUGAGGUCUUGUUCGUACCGAAAAAACUCAAGAUAGACUAAAGUUGCAAUCACUGUUGUUAAAGGCAGCAAGUUAAUCUUGCUAUACGAUUGUCUUAUGCGCAUCUUAGCCAUUCGAUAAGAGCGGAGCCAGUGUUAUAGCUGAAAUUAAUUGGAUAUGAUUUUAAAGAAUUUGAUUCGUUAAUGUGAAAUUUUGUAAGUUUGUUAUUUUUGACUAAAUUGCUCGGAAAAAUUGAUUUGGGUCUUUUGUGGUUUCUAUCGCAAUUUUGUGGUUUCAAUCACAGAAAUGGUAGCAAUGUAUUUGCUUCUGAAGUGCAAUAAUUGUAACUAGUUUGUCUUUUAUUAAAUUGAUCCGUUGAAGUGUUCGAUUGUUUUUAUCUUUAAUUUAAUCUUUAAUUGAAAUUCAAAAUUUUGAAACGCGUUAUUUUUGAUGUCAAUAAGCCUGAUUUCCUGAUUGAAAAGAUCUGACACGCAGUGUUUCGACCUGAAAAAAAAUACAUUAGCUAC